CUAACCUACUCCUAAUAAAUAAAUAAAUAAAUAAUCUCAAACCUGGCGCGUCCCUAUAUAAUGAACAAAUUAACGUUAUAUUGAAAAUGUAUAAAGUUACUCCCCUUAGGUAUUAUAGAUUCAUUCAGAAUUUCCUAGAGACCAUUUGUGAUAAUUUCAUUUGAUACUUUCUUAUAAAUUUGAGUGGUUUCCACUUAAUUAGGAUUUGGUUCAAAUUACUCAUCAGAAAAUUCACCAUUUUUUCACCAUUUUUACUUUAUCUUUUCGCUGCUUUUUCUAAUAGGAGGUCAUAUAAUCAAUCCAUGGUAACAGCUUUGGUCACCCCGACAGUCUUCAGGCUGAUCCUUCCAUCACUGUCCUCUUCAAAAAAUAACCCCACCAUGUGUUGGAAAGGAAGAAGCAACAGCCUAAUUACUAAUGGAAAUAAUUUCAACUUUGCUCCUCACCGUGCUUUGCUAUUUAAGAUGCAGACUAAAGAGCCUCCCGAGGAAAAUGAUACUGAGAAAAGGCAAAAAGAACUGAAUUUGAAUCCAAGGCGGCUUGAUUUAAUUACGGACACAUUUGGUGGAAAGUUGCUGCAUGGAGGGCUUGUACUCCAGCAAAAAUACUUACUUAGAUCAUAUGAGUCAGACCCUGAUGGCAAAGUUUCCAUAGAAGCCUUAGUGAAUCGUUUGCAGGUUCUAGAUCCGGAAUCAACAAUUAACCACCUUAAGAGUUUGGGGCUGCAAGCCAAUGGUUUUGGUAGUACACCAGAGAUGCAUAGAAAGGACCUUGUAUGGGUGGUCUAUCGAUUACAAAUUGAGGUGGAGCGUCUGCCUACAUGGGCUGAUGUAGUUCAAGUGGACCAUUGGUUUGCUUCUGCGUCAGGAAAGAGAAAAGAAUGUGACUGGCUUGUCCGUGAUUACAAGACAGGCGAAACUCUUAUUCGAGCAACCAGCCUGUAUAUGAUGAUGAAUACGAAGACAAGGAAAAUAUCUUUAGAAAAGGAAGUUGGUGCAGAAAUGAAGCAUCUCGUUUUUAAAAGUGACCCUAUCAUUAAUAAGGCCAAGAAAAAACUCCAGCAUUUGGACUUUGAGACGGCGGAUUAUAUCCGAACUGGUUUAAGGCCUUUAUGGAAUGAUUUGGAUAUCAAUUAUCACGUAAACCAUGUGAAAUACAUUAGCUGGAUUCUUGAGAGUGCACCUCGCUCAAUCUUGGCGAGUCACAACCUUUCUGUCAUGACUUUGGAAUAUCGAAAGGAGUGUGGGUGGAAUAGCAUACUUCAGUCCUUGACUAAACUUAAGAAAGAUGGCACCAGUCACUCUACAGAGGAUGGAGGGGUAGAGUUUGAUCACUUACUACGAGCUGAGGACGGGUCUGAGAUUUUGAGAGGAAGGACCAAGUGGUUGCCCAAAAAUAGCAAAAAGUGUUCGGAAUCAAUUAAUAUGGUAUAUGGAUAAGUCCUAUAAAAGUACAAGUUGGGAUAUAUUUAAUACUUUAUUAAAUAAUGUUAUAUAUAUAUAUAUAUAUAUAUAUUCCCUCAAAUGAAGGCAAUAUGUGUGCAAAUAGCAAGAAAAACACAAAAGUACACUAUAAAUUUGAACGUGUAAACUAAUAAAUUAUUAAUAAAAGUACUUUUCUUUUUACAAUA